AUGCUAGAGAGCGGCGACGGGAGGCAGGGAGGGGAGCCGAGGACGAUGGCGCUGGGCGUGGUGUUCCACGGCGCGCAGCUGGCGCUGGAUCUGGCGGUGGCCGGGAUGUCGCUGGCGGUGGCGCUCGCCUUCUUCGCCCUCGUCACCACCGUGCUAUGCUCCGCGGCGUUCCUCCACCAUUCUAAACCCGCCGCGGCGUCAUAG